UCCUAACUUUGCAAACUGGUCAAGUAAAGAACCUUAACUUCUCUCUGAAGAUGGUCACCAUGGUGGUUUUUCUUCUGGCUUUUGUUGGAGCGGCAUUAUCAGAAUCCCCACACAGACGGAGGUGUGACCUGGAGCAAGGACAAGAAACGCCGACUCUUUGCUCAAAUUACAAAAACAUUUUACACCUCGAUGAUGUUCAGACAAAACUUGAAGAGAGCCAAAUGCUGCUGCGAGAGAGGAUUGACGCUCUGGAAGGUAGGACCAGACUGCAGCUUGAUUCUGCAAGCGGCAACAUUAGUGCGCUUGAAAAGUUAGUGACAAAUGUUUCAAACGCACAAAAGGACUUGGAAGAGAUGGUGUCACAAACUGAGAUGGAGUUGAGAGAUGCAAAGACAAAGCUGGAGGAACAGGAAGUUGACAUUGCCAGCCUGAAGAGAGAAGUUAGAGAACUGGUCAAACACGGGGAGAGAGUCGGGGGAAACAUCAGUGAGAUUGAGGAGAGACUUGAUGCAACUGAGAGGCAGCUAAGGGAGAGAAAAGGGAAACUUGACAAUCUGGAGUCAGAAACUGGGGCUGCGUUCAAUGCCACACAGAAACUGCUGACUCUGUACAAGAAGGAACUCUCCCGCCUUAACUCGACGGCCCAGGAGCUUGAAGUCAAAGUCGAAGCCCUACUGAAUGCCACGGAGACGCAACUUGAAGCUAACUUGACGGCAAUACAAAAUGACAGCAGCGAACUCGGAACUGAAGAAAGUGAACUCUCAUUAGGGGGGAUGCGCCUUACAGCAGAAGUCAAUGCCAAGGUGGCCUUUUCUGCAACUAUAAUGGAAUCCAACGAUGUGUUCACUGGACCCGGCACCAACGGCACCAACAACAUUCUCAUCUAUAACAGAGUCUUCACAAACGUUGGCUUCGCUUACAACUGUAAAACAGGCAUCUUCACUGCUCGACUGAAAGGCGUUUAUCACUUUUCAUUCAUGACUUUCGGCUACAACGGUCACACUUCAGGAGCCAUCCUGGUGAAGAACAGGCAUUACCAAGUGAGCACCUGGGAAUUCACCGGCUCGGAUAACGGUGACACCACCAGCAACACGGUAAUCCUUGAGCUGAAUGUCGGAGAGACCGUCAACGUCAUCCUGUGGAAGGGUGGAAAAAUACAUACAAGUGUGUUCAGUGGGUUCCUCAUCUUUCCAACAUUGUAGAUUUUAGAAUGAGAUGCCACAGUUUCAUAUUCAGGGACGCAUAUCUCAAUCUGUUCUUCCUCCUUUCAGCAAUUUCUCUCGUAAAGUUUAAAUAUUUGAGGAUUGUUGAAGUGUCAAAAUAAA